GAAGAAGCAGCAGCAGCAGCAGGAGGAGUGUCCGGUGAACGUGUGGCAGGAGCCGGUCACAUUAGUGUGGGGUCUAAAAGGUAAACAGCAGGUGUUGGAGAUGUUGGGGCUGUGGUGCAUCAUGGGUGACCUGCGAGGAGGAGCGGCACUCCUCCGGAGGACGUUUGUGUCUUCGGCGGUGCUGAGUUCGAGGUGGCGGCUAGCACCGCAGGACAGGCUCCCUCAGGCUCGCUUCCUCUCUGGUGAUCGGGACUCGUCGCCGUCAGUAGCGGCUAAAAUGAAGCUGCGGACUCGGCUGCUGGUUACGCUGUUGUUUGGCGGCGGGUUGCUGGGUGUGUGGUGGUUUGUGCACUCAGAGAAGCAGCAGAAGCUGCGGCAGCAGCGGGUGGAGCAGCUGCGGCAGGUGGCGCUGGGGCAGGGCACCUUCAACCUCAUGGACCACACGGGGUGCCGCCGGACGAAGAGGGACUUCCUGGGCAACUGGGUGCUGCUGUACUUUGGCUUCACGCACUGCCCUGACAUCUGCCCCGAAGAGCUGGAAAAGCUAAGCACCGUCGUGGCGACUCUGGACCGCGACGCCUCACUGCCGCCGGUGCAGCCCCUUUUUAUCACUGUAGACCCAGAGCGGGACAACGAGGCGGCGCUUGCCCGGUACGUUAAAGACUUCCAUCCCCGGCUGAUCGGGCUGACGGGGACGGUCGAGGAGGUGAAGCACGCAGGGCGGGACUACAGAGUGUACGCCAGCGCCGGGCCCAAAGACGAGGACGGCGACUACAUCGUGGACCACACCAUCCUCAUCUACCUUGUCAGCCCUGACGGCCUCUUUCUCGACUACUACAACAGGAUGAAGAGCGCUGAGCAGAUUGCCGACAGCGUCCGCAAACACAUCAAAAACUAUGCCACGCUGUGA